AUGUUUGGUGAAAUAGCUGGCCCACUUUUGUUCAAACCACAACAUAUGAAAAAUCUUGUCAACUGCCUGGCUGUCAUUGUACCCAUUUCUAACAUGCCAAACUCUGUAAGUAUGAAAAAUGAACUUCUUCAAAUGUAUGUAUAAUAUGAUCAGAUUAGUCAAGGAAUGUAUCAGGAAAAUAUACCAUUUAAAAAGACACUCUGAAGUGUACGAAAAUUGCGUGUACGUCAUUAUUUACAAAGUAUCUUUACAUUUUAUGUUUCAAUCCACUCUGCUUUGCAGAACCUUGAGAGUGUCAUGGAAAGGUUUGCCUCUGGUAUAACAGUAGAAGAUACGUCUAGCGCAAUCAGACGGGUGAGUCUCUGAUACCAGUUAUACAUUUUGUUCCUAUGGUGAACUUUGUUAGAGAUCUCGUUAACCUAAUUCCAAGGUACAUAUUGUUAGAGAUUGCUUUAACCUAAUACCAUGGUACCCUUUGUUAGAGUUCAGUUUAACCUAAUACCAUGGUACCCUUUGUUAGAGUUCAGUUAAACCUAAUACCAUGGUACCCUUUGUUAGAGUUCAGUUAAACCUAAUACCAUGGUACCCUUUGUUAGAGUUCAGUUUAACCUAAUUCCGAGCCUUUUGGCUUGUAUUUGUUUUAAAGUCUUCACAAACUGCAAGCUGUCGAGAGAAUACCAGCUAAAACAUAGUGAUGGGCAUCCAUCUAUUCACAGGGCAACAUUGAAUACUACUCAGCAGAGGUGGAACUCAAUGCCAAGUUUCGACUUUAUGCCAGAAACUGCGCUGCCGUUUUCGCUGGGCACAACACAGUUGCCGCACAGCUAAAGAUUAAUGUCAAAAGACGUGAGCUCAUUUUUUUUAAAAUUUAUUUUUAAACAAAAUUUUUUCUUUUUUCAAGCUAUCAGAGGCUGAAAAUAUGUCCACAUCUUUGACCAAUUCUAUCAUAAGAAGGCUGAAAAUACGUCCCCAUCUUUAACCAAUUCUAUCAUAAGAAGGCUGAAAAUAUGUCCACAUCUUUGACCAAUUCUAUCAUAAGAAGGCUGAAAAUACGUCCACAUCUUUGACCAAUUCUAUCAUAAGAAGGCUGAAAAUAUGUGCACAUCUUUGACCAAUUCUAUCAUAAGAAAGGAUUGUCAUUAACGUAUAUUUGAUUAAUGUACGCUGAGAUUUUAAGAAUUUUUAAGAAACGUAAUUUUUGGACAUCAGUCUCUCAGAAAGAGAAUGAAAAUUUAGUUGAUAGUUAUGGUAACUGCUAUCCACUAACUUGAUUUUCCCGUCUGAUAACCUGAUCAGCUUACACCAUCAUCGAUGGCGAUGAGGAGCUGCCCCUGGGGGAUGAGUUUCAAAGCUUGGUCAGGUGUUUUGUGGACACUCACGAGAAGAAGCCAGAGAAGAAAUUCCUGCCAGCAGCGAAACUAAUCGAGCAGCUGUCGUGAGUUCUAGCAAUUUUGUACCUUCUGUUUCUCCUGCACCCAGAACUGUGGUACGGGUGUUUAGUAAACAAUCUGCCUUUUUUUUUUUUAAAUACUCAAUUUUUAUUACUUCUUAUAAUCCUCAUGCAAGUUCAUCCUAACUACAGCAGGUAGAAUAUACUGGAAGCAUUAAUACAAUGUCUUAUUAGAGUGUUGGACUGCGAUAAAGCUUUCAUGGAAGCAUUAAUACAAUGUCUUAUUAGAGUGUUGGACUGCGAUAAAGCUUUCAUGGAAGCAUUAAUACAAUGUCUUAUUAGAGUGUUGGACUGCGAUAAAGCUUUUAUGGAAGCAUUAAUACAAUGUCUUAUUAGAGUGUUGGACUGCGAUAAAGCUUUCAUGGAAGCAUUAAUACAAUGUCUUAUUAGAGUGUUGGACUGUGAUAAAGCUUUCAAGUAGAUUAAUGAGACGCAAACAAUGGGUGUGCAUAAAACAAUAACUGUGGAUCUUUAAUAAAGAUCAAACAGAAUACAAAGAUCAUUUCGACAAAUGCCUUCAUCAGUACCAAAAAAAAGACAACAAAACAUUAGUAUACAUAUAAAUUAAAUUAUAUUCUUAUCCUUUUCUCUCAUUUUUAGGUAGGGUACAAGUAUAUUUAUAUAUAUUUAUAUAUAUUAUAAAAAAUUUAUAUUCUUUCAAGCUUUAUAGCAGUCUAGCAGAUAUGUUGAAACCAUUUAUACAAUGUCUUACUAUGCUCAUCUAUCAAAUAUGUUUGAACCAUUCAUGUCUAUUUUUUUUUAACCAUUCAUGUAUAUUAUGUCUGUCUAUACUCAUGUAGCAUCUCCCUUGAGUACAAGCGACUGACUGAAGCUGCUCGGUUGGAGAUGGACGAACUGAACAUCAAGUGCUUCCAGGUCUUGAGGGCCAUCAUACACAACGAGGAGAGGAAGUUGCCCGAAGACUGGGCCACAAGGACCUCGGAGAAUAAGAUUAGCAAGUUGGUAUCAAGAUUAUCAUAAAAUAGAAAGAUUAUCAUAGGAUAUAAUGUAUCAUAGAAUAUAAAAGAUCAUCAUAGGAUAUAAAAGACCAUCGUAUGAUACAAAGAUCAUCAUAGUGUAUAAAAGAUCACCAUAGGGUAUAAAGAUUAUCAUAUGAUAUAUAAAAAAAAAUUAUCAUAGGAUAUUAAAAAAUUAUCAUAGGAUAUAAAAGACCUCCAUUGGAAUCGAUGAACAGACAUGUAAACAAUUGUGACCAAAAAAUAAAAGGUUUCCUUAACAUUAAUUAAAAUUUAAGGAAUUUCUUCGAAUAACCCCAAAAAAAAAAUUUAAACAACUUGUUACCCCACCAGAUGCCUGAAGUUCAUCGCAGGAUUACAGAAUCUCUACGAUCAGAAAGGGGCCAUGAAGAAGUCCCUGCCGCACUUGGCUUCCAGAAAUGAUUUGAUUGCCAAAGAAGUGCUGGCAUUUCUGUGCAUCAUGCUGUUCAAUGCCAAUGAUUCUGUUCAGGUAACACUCUGUUUCUGUACUUAUCAUCUGUCACAGGUUAUUCAGUUUCAAGUGUAAAGUAAAAUUUAGUUUUUGCACAUUUCUGAGAACCAAGUUUCUGAGAAACUUAUCAAUUUGUUGUUUGGUUUUUUCCUUUCAAUAAAAAAUUUUUUGUUUGCUUCCCUUAGCAAUCCAUGCUGACCUAUUUCUUCUCCACAAGGGAGGAGGUGUUCUUUAUGGCUGUUAGAGAUCGUAUGGCCCUGUCUACCAACUCUAUCAAAGAAAAGUAUGCUGUCAUUUUUUUUAAAUAAAUAUUUAUUGCCUUGGUCAUAAAUACUUUAUUUUAAUUACAAUAAAUAUUUGAAACUUACUUGGUGCCCUUCCUCAAUGAUUUCAAAAUUAGUUUUUAAGUUUCUAAUUUCUGUAGACUAGUUCUUUUACUACUUUAUAUAUAUAAGUAUAAGUUAUAAAUGUUUUCUGUGGGACCAAAAAUGAAAAAUAAUUAAAUAGAAAUAAAAAUAAAAAUAAACUCCCAGACAAUGCAAGAAUGUAUUAAAAAGUUAAUUCUCAGCUCCAUAAUGCUGUGUGGUAUAAAAAUGAACCUGUUGCCAGUAGACUUUAAAAAUAAUUAUUACAAAAUAAAGUCAUUCUAUUUUUUUUUUAAAUUCUAAAAUUGCAUAAUUUAAGGUAUGGUAUUUUUACUUGAAGGCAGUCUCUUUAUAAUUGUAUUUUUACUUGAAGGCGGUCUCUUAUAAUUGUAUUUUUACUUGAAGGCAGUCUCUUUAUAAUUGUAUUUUUACUUGAAGUCGGUCUCUCUAUAAUUGUAUUUUUACUUGAAGGCGGUCUCUCUAUAAUUGUAUUUUUACUUGAAGGCGGUCUCUUUAUAAUUGUAUCUUUACUUGAAGGCGGUCUCUUUAUAAUUGUAUUUUUACUUGAAGGCAGUCUCUUUAUAAUUGUAUUUUUACUUGAAGGCGGUCUCUUUAUAAUUGUAUUUUUACUUGAAGGCGGUCUCUCUAUAAUUGUAUUUUUACUUGAAGGCAGUCUCUUUAUAAUUGUAUUUUUACUUGAAGGCAGUCUCUUUAUAAUUGUAUUUUUACUUGAAGGCGGUCUCUCUAUAAUUGUAUUUUUACUUGAAGGCGGUCUCUUUAUAAUUGUAUUUUUACUUGAAGGCGGUCUCUCUAUAAUUGUAUUUUUACUUCAAGGCGGUCUCUUUAUAAUUGUAUUUUUACUUGAAGGCGGUCUCUCUAUAAUUGUAUUUUUAUUUGAAGGCGGUCUCUCUAUAAUUGUAUUUUUACUUGGAGGCGGUCUCUUUAUAAUUGUAUUUUUCCUUGAAGGCGGUCUCUUCAGACACAGCAUGAAGCAAAGCUCAAGGAGUCCUCAGACAGCAAGAAGAUCAAAAAUAUGUUCAUGGUCACACUGAUGGCGUUAAGGGUGAGCACUGACCGGCCGUAUGCUGGGUAACACAAUGUGGAUACUACAGUCUUUAAAUUAUCACUCACUGAUGCAUAUUUAUUUUAAAGCUGUGACUUUGUUUAUUCAUUUAUUUAUUCAUACCAUAACAUUUUAGGCAUUAAAUCUCUUUUUGAAAUUCGCCAUUAAUAAUCUUAAUAAUAGUAAUACUUAUAUAAUAUUAGUAAUGAUAAUUAAAAAGACUAAUUACACAUAGGCCUACAUUAAUUUGUCUAUUCAAUAUUUCAAAGUAUGAAAUGGUGAUGACUUUAAAAAAUGAAGGUGUUGAAAAAAGACAAUUGAUGUUCUCUCUUGUAGCAAAUUCAAGCCUAUGAAGAUGCCAUGAGGCAGCAGAGACUAAGUGGUUGGGUAAGUCAUCAAAUAAAAGGUUUUUUUUAUUGAUUUGCAAUAAAUAAUCUAUUUUAGAACUUUUUCCAACACAUUUUAAUUCUAUUUACCCUGCUUCCGUCCUAGUGGGGCUAAAGUCCAAGUGUCUGUCCUAGUGGGGUUAGAGUCCAAGUGUCUGUCGAAGUGUGAUUAAAGUCCAAGUGUCUGUGUCCUAGUGGGGCUAAAGUCCAUUCACAAUUUCGCUCCUCCUACCUUUGUUCAUUUUCCAGGUCAUUCCCACUUUGGCCAGUUAUCUGCCUUUCUUUUUUUUUUAGUCUCUUACCCACUGUCCAUCAUUUUCUGUUGCCCUGGGCAUUCCAUUUAAAUACUAUUCUUGACAUGGUGCUUCCUAUACAUUACUAUUAUUUUAUUUUUUUUUUGUAUUUUCCCACACAUGAACAAUUCCUGUUCUUAACUGGACCAAUUUGAGUGACUUUUAGUUUUUUUUUUUUUUUUUACAAUUUUUACAUCUAAGAUCUAAGAAAGCUGUUAAUAAAGCCGUGCCAGGCUCUUGGUGUUUUGUUUCGUUGCUGUCCAAAAGCUUCUUCUAUGAAAUAACAAAUCGGCCAAACUGUAGGCGUAUCCUAAAUUAUUUUUUUAGAUAUUAAAAUAAAAUUUUUCUCUAAAAAUUUUCCCCAUUUAUUGUUAAUGAGAUAAAUCAUUUUAAAUAUUGAAAUUACAGAAUAAACACUUGUCUCUUAUUUUAAUUCUCUUUUUUUAGACGAGAAAAACAACGAAAUCUUGUGUGAAACCGCCGCCAAAGAAGAAGCCAAAGAAACAGAAAGAAGUGGACAAGAUGCCUGACCACAAGCCGGGGCAGGGAAGGGAGAAGACCAUCAAGACGAGGAACAAGAAGGUUGCGGAGAAAAAGGAUGGCGUGGUCAGCAUAGGAGGCAUCUUGAAGAAGGACAAGGAGGUGACCUUCGUAAACCCCCUGGCCAAGGAGAAUGAGGCUCUGAUGCAAGACGUUGGUGAAGGUGACAUGACCAUUAAAAUGGAGGUAAGUAUCAUCAUGUAUAAUAAAGAUAAAUAUAGGUCAUUGUAACUUUUUUUCAUUAUUUUGUAUAAAAAUAUCAUUAAUUAACUUUGGAACUCAUUUUUUAAAUGCUGUCAUCAGGAGCAGGAUUUCGACACCAUCGCAGCAGACACAUCAGCUUUUGAAUACAGGAAUGAUGGCUACAUUGAGCUGGUGCUGAAAGUCAUGGCCAGGAUGUGCGAUGGUCAAAACAAGCACCUGCAG